AUGGACAUAUCUCCACAAGGCCUCGUCCGCGCCUUCGCGUACCGAGUUCCAGCCCUGACAGUCAACACAUGCCUCGCAGCAUUGGGAUUGUCGCGAAAUAGCUCUGAUCAGGACUUUUUGACCGAAUUGAUAACACUCUGGGCACGACCCGUGUUGCGGACGCCAGCGGCGCUCUUGAAAUCACAGCAGGCGUUCAACUAUGAUUACGGCGUUUGGGGACGGAUGUGGAUCAGCAAAUGGACUAUUCCAGUUGAAGACAGUCUUGGGAGAAAGACAACGGAUGGAGGUGUGGACGAGCAUAUCCUGACACUCCAGGAAGCCAUUGCGAGCGCGAUCAUCGAACUCGGCGACCAAGACUUGCGACCCAUCGAUCUCACAAUGCCAGUCCUAGACCCCGUGCAAACAGAAUGGACGGGCUACCGACGCAACGUCUCGCACGUCGCCAUGCGCCCCUCCCUCUCGGAGCGAGACAUGUACGCCGCAAUGAUGGCCGACCUGCCCGACACAUGCGGCCCGACGAUACUAUACUUCCACGGCGGGGCGCACUGCCUGAUGGACCCGACGACGCACCGGUGGACGACGUCGGCGCUGGCGCAGAAAUCCGGGGGCCGCGUCCUCUCCGUCCGCUACCGCCUCGCGCCACAGCAUGUCUUCCCCGCGGCGCUGCUGGACGCGCUGGCCGCAUACCUCGCUCUAAUCGCGCCACCGCUUGGUGCGUUCCACGAGGCCGUGCCGCCGGAGAAAAUCGUUUUGGCGGGUGAUUCGUCUGGAGGGGGCCUUGCCUCAUCGCUGCUGCUCCUCCUGCAGACGCUUUCACGACGCCAGGGGGAAGGCAAGAAGCGACGCAUAGUCUUUCAGGGGCAGGCCGUUACGAUCCCAGACCUCGUCUGCGCUGGCCUUGCCCUCAGUUCUCCGUGGCUGGAUAUCACGCGGUGUCUGCCUUCCACAACGGCAAAUGCCAGAUGGGAUAUCAUCGCACCGCCGCCUCCGAGAAAUCAGAACCCAACGCCCGCGUUCCCCACGGACGCUAUCUGGCCGGCCUCGCCGCCGCGUGUUGAGACGUACUGCACGGCACGCAUGUGUAUUCACCCGCUCGUGUCGCCGUUGGCCGCGCAGCCACGGCAUUGGCGCGGUGUCCCGCCGGUGUAUGUCUGUGUGGGUUGGGAGGGCAUGCAGGACGAGGCCGAGGUGUUUGCGCGGCGGGUCUUUCAGAGCGCUGAUCCGGGAAAUCAAGCCGUCGUGUUUGACGGGUGGGAGGGCAUGCCGCAUUGCUUCGCCAUGUUUGCUUGGAACGGGGCGGGGAGGAAAGCGAUGCAGAAUUGGGCGGGGUUUUGUCGCGAGGUCGUUGUGGAUCCUACUCGGUUUAGGAAGAGAGGGCAGAUGGGGACUUGGACGAACGGGAAGACCGGCGUGGUCAAGGAGGUGAGCCUGGGAGAAUUGGGGGUCAGCAGUGGUGUUGGAUGCUGGUAUGAGAGGGAGAGGCUCGAUGAUCGGACGGUCGACGCAAAGUUACAGGACGGGCAGCGGUGGAGAGUGGAGCUUGAUGAUGAGAUGGUCCGCCAGUGGCAGGCAGAACGGAAAGGAGCUUCACAUAAUGAUACCGUGGAAUCAUUGAAAACUUCGAUGAUCCCGGGUGAUACCUCUGUAUCGCUGCCAUAUGCAGGCGUUGGGAGCCUGUUAUAUAGAUGUUUUACCUGGCCAACAAGGCUUGGAAUUGCAGGCACGGGGAAUUAG